AAAAAAAGAGGAAGAAAGAGACAAGAAAAAGAAAAGAUCGCAAAAUGCAGAGAGUAUGAUAACUAGCGAGGUGGAGGAUACAGAAGAGGAGGAGGAGGAAGAGAAGGAGGAAGAAAUGAUAAAAAAGAAAAGAGAAGGAAGAAAUUUAAAAGAAAGAAACCAGAGAUAUUAUUCAUCAAGAGCAAGGGCGAGAGGAAAGUGGAUGAGACAGAGAGAGUGGAGAGGAGGUGCGGUCGGAUGGAGAGGAGGUGCGGUCGGAUGGAGAGGAGGUGCGGGCGGAUGGAGAGGAGGUGCGGGCGGAUGGAGAGGAGGUGCGGGCGGAUGGAGAGGAGGUGCGGGUGGAUGGAGAGGAGGUGCGGGCGGAUGGGGAAGAGGUGAAGGCGGACGAAGAGCCCCACAUAAUGGCCCAGUAUUUAAUUUUUUUUACAAUUAAAGGUCAAAAUAUAAAAAAUAAAAAUUAAUUUCUAAUA